UCAGCCACUGCCACAGCUGCUCGGUCGAAAACAAGGGCAAAGCAUCGUUCCUCUUUGAGCAUCUCCAACAUGGAUGCUUUUCAGGGCAUUUUGAAAUUCUUCCUUAACCAGAAAACCGCUAUUGGUUACAGUUUCAUGGCUCUGCUGACCGUGGGAAGUGAGCGUCUCUUUUCAGUCGUAGCCUUUAAGUGCCCCUGCAGCUCUGAGAAUACGGUCUAUGGGCUGGUGUUCCUCUUUGCUCCUGCCUGGGUGUUACUAAUCCUGGGAUUCUUUCUGAGCAACAAGUCAUGGAGACUCUUCACAGGCUGCUGUGUGAAUCCCAGGAAAAUCUUCCCCAGAGGCCACAGCUGCCGCUUCUUCUAUGUCCUCGGUCAGAUCACUCUGAGCUCGUUGGUGGCUCCCGUGAUGUGGCUGUCUGUGGCUCUGCUCAAUGGAACUUUUUAUGAAUGUGCCAUGAGUGGGACGAAAAGUUCAAGACUCCUGGGGCUGAUUUGCAAGGGCAAGCCUAAAGAGUGCUGGGAAGAACUGCACAAAGUACCUUGUGGCAAAACCAGCAUGCUACCCAUGCACGGUGAAGAAUUGAAACUGUCCCUUCAGGCCCAGUCUCAGAUUCUAGGAUGGUGCCUGAUUGGUUCAGCAUCUUUCUUUUCUCUGCUCACCAUUUGCUAUGCUCGCUGCCGAUCUAAAGUUAGCUAUCUUCAGCUGAGUUUUUGGAAGACAUAUGCACAAAAGGAGAAGGAGCAGUUGGAAAACACAUUUCUGGACUAUGCCAACAAGCUGAGUGAGAGGAACCUGAAAUGCUUUUUUGAAAACAAGAGGCCAGAUGUUAUUCCCAUGCCCACUUUUGCUGCCUGGGAGGCUGCUUCAGAGCUGCACUCUUUCGACCAGAGCCAGCAACACUACAGCACCCUCCACAGGGUGGUGGAGGAUGGUCUGGAACUGAGCCCUGAGGAGGAUGAGACGACAAUGGUCCUUGUGGGUUCUGCCCACAAUAUGUAGCUCAUUCACCAUCACUGACUCGUGGUGUCGAGUGGUACGCUUAUUCUGAGAUCCUCUGACUGUAUCAACAGCAAUCUGUGUAUCUGUAUUUUCUUACAUUUAAGGUUUUUUUUUUUUUUUUAUUUACAAGACAGUAACACAAAGGAAACUGCUUUGAAGCUCUCAAGUGCAGUGUCAGGAUGUGCUCAAAUUGAUAACUGCAUGGUGACGAAGGUGCUCUUGCAUUGGCGCAGAGUUGGGCUCUGUAGGCUCAAACGCCACUCCAGGUUCUGAGAUUUUUGUCAUUCAACAGAAAGACUCAUGAAAGUGGAUCUGCCACUCUCUGUCUGUAUUGGUCACAGAAUCCAGAGGCAGAAGCAGUGGCUUGUGAGUAAGCAGGUUACUCUUAGCAUAGAUUAACCUGCAUGACGCAUCUGCUGUGUGGUCAGCAGGAGUCUUUGUCCUGUAAAUCCAUCCCACUGUCUUUCAUGAAAUUCUAUCCUUUGAAAUUCAUUCCCUCGGUAUUGGAAGGCUUCAGUUCUCAAAAUGAAAGAAUAUGAUGACUAAAACUCGGUUUUUCACACAUUUUCAGUGUAUACUGAAAACAUGUUUCUGGAGGCAUGGCUGCAUCAUGACUUUUGUGGGCUCUGGGCACUUUUGUCUCCGUGGACCACUUUCUACAUUCAAAAUAGUAAUAAAAAAUAAAUAUAUACACACAUGUACAUAUUUAUGACUGCAUCGAUAUAAAAAUGAAUAUAUUAAUAUUAUAUGUUAAAAGACUUUCUUCAACCUAAACGUUUAUUUAUUUCCUUCUGGUUUUAAAAGAAAUUAAAAACCCUUCUGUGGGGCCCUACAAGUAUUGUGGGCCCUAAGCGCGGUGCCUACUACACUGUGGGCAUGUCUUGGUCUGUUUGGGUUACUAUAAGAAAAUACUAUAGUUUGGGGGCUUAUAAAGAAUAGAAAUUUAUUUCCCACAGUUCUGGAGGCUGCGUAGGUCGAGAUCAGGGUGCAAACAUGGUCAGGUUCUGGUGAAAGCCUUCUUCCAGGUUGCAGACUGCUGCCUUCUCACUGUGUCCUCACGAGGUAGAAAGUGCAAAUAAGCUCCCUCAGGCAUAUUUUAUAAUGACACUAAUUCCAUUCCUGAAGGUUCCACCUUUCUGAUCUAAUUACCUAUCAAAAACCCCACCUAUUAAUACCAUCACCUUGAGGGGUAGGAUUUUAACAUGAAUUUGGGGGGAGGGGGAGUAAAACAUUCGGACCAUAGUAGGGUAAAUUGGCCCUGACUAAAGGUCUGAGGACACUGUCUAAAGCAAUACAAGUAUAAAACUGUUUUGCAGUCUUACAUUUAUCAGGAAUAAUGUAAAUUUUGCAUUCUACCAUGAUAUAUAUCCAUAGGAGUUUAUAUCAUACAUAUAUAAAUUCCCCUUAAAUCUCUGAGGGAAUUGUGCUUAAGGAAUAAGAACCAUGUUUUGUGCUGUGGCUUACACCUUACAUCACUGGACGUCCAUGUUCCCUAGCUUGAGAAAGCUGAAUAUUACUCCUUAUUACCAUGAAACAUGAUGACAAACUGAGGGGAGAGUCCUAUGUAAGACUCAGAACACAUCUGUGAUACUGUUACUUAUAACAGAAAUAUAUCUUUGGUCUUGAUUUCCAUUCCUGGAGCAGAGCUCCUAAAACUCUUGAAAUCUCCAAAGUGCUGUGUCGUUUUGUUUGCUAACAAGAGGACUGACAGCUGGGGGCUCCUGAUGGCCUCAGGAUGGGGGCUGGCUGCCAGGGAAUCCAACCCCGAGAUUAGAGGGUUGGACUUUCAGCCCCAUCUUCCAGACCAGGGGAAGGGAAGAGGGGCUGAAGGUUGAGUUGAUUACCAGUGACUAAUGAUUUAAUCAAUCAUGCCUAAGUAAUGAAGCCUCCGUAAAACCCCAAAAGGACAGGAUUCAGCGAGCUUCUGGGUUGUUCAACACAUGGAGGGCGGCAUGCUCAGAGAGGGCAUGGAAGUUGUGUGCCCUUUCCCCCAAAGCUUGUUCUAUGUAUCUCUUUCAUGUGGCUAGUCCUGAGUUGUAUCCUUUUACAAUAAACUGGUAAUAAUAAA